AUGUAUUUUCCAACAAUCGAUUCUAUAUUGAUUGAAUUAAACAAACGAUUUUCUUGUGGAAAUUUGCAAAUAGCAAACAGCAUCGCAUCUUUAUCACCGGUUAAUGAAAAAUUCUUAGAUAUUCAACUCUUACAACUAUUAAUUGAUCAUUUACAUUUGGAAAAAAAAAUGAUAACGAAUGAAAUUUCUGUUAUAAAACAUAUGAUUGAAAAUACGAAGUUAUCAAGUACAUUGGAUCCACUCAAUGAAUUAAAGUCAAUGAAACAAGCAUUUCCUUCCGCUGUUGCUUUACUCAAAGGAGCGAUUACAUUUCCUGUAUCAUCCGUCGCUUGUCAAAGAUCCUUCUCUAAAAUAAAAUUGAUAAAAACUUAUGCGCGAAAUUCGAUGAAUGAUGAAAGACUUAGCGAUCUUGGUGUAUUGGCUAUUGAAAAAGACAUCGAAAUAGAUUUUGAAAAUUUUAUUGAUAUAUUUGCUGCGAAGCACAAAAAUAGUAGAAUUUUGUUGAUUUGA